AUAACUAAUAUUUUGAAAUGGUGCAAACCAGAAUGCGUUAGACAGUAUUAAAAAACUUUGUACGAAAAUAUUAUAAAUAUAUUCAGGUAAUACGAUACGAUACAGUGGAUUCAACGAUCUGGAACUAAUUUAAAAUUAAAAGUUAGCCGACAUGUGGACGACACUGUCUGGUUCCGCGAAUCCUCGGGUAGAAAGAUUGAACAAUAUCGUCUGCUUUUUUUGUAAACAUUACUAAUUCCUCCUGCGAUGUGUACCUUAGGGACCAUUCCUCCUUCAAAAUAGCUGAAUAAUUUGUCUUACUAACAAUACGGCCAACGACUGGUGAUUCUACCGGCGACUAAUUCAAAGAUGUUUUUUUUUCGUUCGUGAACCUGGUUUACUGAGUUUGAUGGUAGUUUUAAUUCACAACGAGUUUUACAUUGCAUGUCAUUUUAAUAGAUAGGACACCUUGCAUGUGUAGAUAUUAUUGUAGAUAUAUCAAAAGCUCGCUAUGUUUUCAUGCUGUAGCAGACUGUAAACCUUUUUUAUUAGUUAGUUGAGGCAGUGUUGCAUUUUUAGCAGCUUGAAUAUUACUUACCUUUUAGACAAUCAUAAUAACCAUACGCAGAUACUUUGAAUCUGCAAUCUUCGCUCCAAUGCAGAAAAAAUCCAAGUUCUGUAUUUGCUUUAGAUCGACCCAUUGUGUCUCGUUUUAGAAAUGGCGUUAUUCUACGAGAACAGGUGUGUUGUUGAUAUCGCUCAGCAGGCUUCAUUCAUCAUGCUCAAUAUCGUUACAAACAACUAAAACUCGUUUUCUGUAUAAUAUUUUAAUUAUGUUUUUUUUUUCGAAACAGAAAACAUGCGCAAUGUGUUUCACAAAUUCACAAAAUAAGUAAUAUUUCGUGAAUUUGAUGCUUUAGCUGCUUUUACUUUCAUUUGAUUUUGUUCUAAUUUUAUUUUAUGCAUAAUUUUUUAGUGUUGAGUCCAGCCUCAUCAUCAAACCAAAAACGAAAAAUCCCUGGGAACGAGGAUGGCAUUGCGUCAACUGUUCCAUCAAAAUCUUUAGGAAGACUAAAUACUCUGAAAUGAUGGAAUGGUUGAGUUGCGUACAUGUUUGUAUCUUAUUAAAUAUAACUAUUAUCGUCAUUUCUCUAAUUAACGCGGCAAAAUAAAUAAUUAUUUUCGAGAUACUGCGUUAAUAAUAAGAGAAAAUAAUUAUAUUUUUCAAUAUUUAUCAAUCAUGACCGCUCUUAUAAUUAGAGGAAAAUUUCAGCCAAUCCGCACUAAAUUGGAGCUUGGAGGAAAGAAUACAAGAAGUUUUUCGCUAUUUUUUAUUUUUUUUUAUUUUUUUCCAAACACUAUCUAUCCCUUCUUUUUUUCUUUUUUUAAACUUUUUUAUCUCCCCCGAUGUGCUCUUUCUCAUCUGGUCACUGAGCUCCUCUUUCUGUGUUCUACAAAUAAAUUUUGCCUGGAUUUUCAUGCCUCCUUUAGGCAGAUCGUAAGAAUGUUCUUUUACCCCGUAAUUUUGACUAUUAAACUACCUCCGUGUUUUACCCGCGCUAUAAUUAGAGGAAAGAUCUACCUUUGCCGCCCUAAGUUAAAAGAAAAUCAAUACUAGGUAAAAUAGAGACUGUGUAGAUAAUUAGAGGGAAAAAAAUUCCUCCACUUUUAUCAAAAUAAUUAAUCUGCGUUAAUUAGAGGACGCGUUAAAAUUAAGCUUUCCAUGGUCAAACGCACAUUUAGUGAAACAUUCGUUGAAUUGAUUUUGUUAUGCAGUAUUAAAUAUGUUACUUAGAGUUGACAACUACUGCAAGAAAAUACACAUAAGCGAUACGGAAAUUAAAUUGUCCAUUGCACGCAAGUAAACAUCGACACAAAUCUUAUCGAUUUGUACCGUCAAUACGUUCAACGUCGGAUAAAGAAGCCUUCCUUUUGCAUGAUUAUACAUUGGUAAGUUCUCCAGCUGCAUGUUCUUUGAGUUUACAUUUGUAUGACGGUAGGGAAUUCUGAUGCUAAUUUCCAUUUUGUGAGCUUUAGCUAAUAUCGACUGAAUGUGUAGUUCAACACCAAAUUAAACAUCUGAAAACAACGCCAGUUUAGAAAAACUGCUUAGAACUUCUGUUGAUUUUUUAUCGAUAAAUUUUAUUUAAAUGUAACGUUUUAGAAAUUAUGUGAUAGUGUUGUCAAUGAUCCGAGUCAGUAUUUCUAGAGCGAUCAGAUUACAUGCAACCAAUCUCUAGUAGUAGUAGUAGCUCAUCUUGUUUGUACUGGUUCGUUGCAAGAAUUUUUAAUUUAAGCUGCAUCUAAUUGACAUGGUGUUGCAAGAUCCUUGGUUUAUUUGGCGGCGAUUUUAAUCAAGUCUUCGUUGCUGUUGUUAUCGUAAUAAGAUGGCUGAAGUUGUUUAAGUAGUGCAUUCACAAGUCUAUUUGAGUCGAAUUUAGGGUGAUUAACGUCACAUUGGUACCAAAAGUUCAAACACAAGACUUAUCGAAUGCACAUGAUUGACAGCCCCAGUCUUAAUCGAUUAAGAUCAGUAAAAAAAAUUAAGGCAGGUGGUGAUAUUUUAUCUUGAACUCUUUAUUUGUUUUAAUCUUUUAUUUUUUUUACAAAAAAAGAUCUGGUUUUUAAAUUAUUAAAUAUAAUAGAGGAUGUAAAUUUAAAGAAGGGAAAAUGUAAAGCGUAAAAAAUAAUAGAAACAUUCUUUACUUGAAAGUUAAAAUGGUGAGAGAAAAGAUAUCUAAACCCACAAUACAUGGAAGAUAAUAAUUGUUUCAAUAGCGCUACAAUAUGGCUUAAGUAAGUUAUUAUAUAAAGAAAAAAUAUUUUCUUUUUCUCUCUUUAUCAGCUAGUUAUAACGAAGCUGUUUUAAAUGAUUUGAAAUUGUUGAUUUUCACCUGACGUUCAUUAUGGAGAGACAAAGUUGCGAAAAUAAAGAGAAAUUGACACACUUGGUUAAUGGAAGUUCAGACGAGACGGUAACAAAAAUAAGUGAAAAUUUUGGAAACAUAUUUUUAGAAGGAGAAAUUUUACACGGUAAUGUUAAAAUGUACAAUGAAAAUGCAUUACUGAAAGCUCAAUACACAAACAAAAAUGAAUGUGAAGAACGCGAAGAAAAGAAAAGUCCGUUUCACAAAUUAAGCACGUCUAAAAUAUUAGACGUAACACCACGAAACUUAGAUAUUGCAUGUUAUUGCAAAGCGCUGAUUAAUAUCAACUUUUCUGGAGAGUGUGAUAUUGCAAAUAAAAAAACAAGACUGUCCUUUUUGCUUGAUGAACCAGAUGAUUUACCCUUAUCAACGUUUCUACAAUCCAUGGAUACGUUUCUUCGUUCUUUUGGAACGGAUAAAAUAACUGGAACAGAAGAGGAAUAUAUUUACUAUUUACAUGGCUUGAUGGAAAAGCGCGACAAAAAAGAAACGGAGGAAGAAUUUUUUAAAGAUUCAAAAAGAUUUUUAGAAAUAUAUAACGCAAGAGGAGUUGUGUCAGAAGCAUUAAAUCAUUUGGAAUACUGGGGAACGAGACAACAACUACUUGCUGGAAAAGUCAUAUCAGAUUACGUAGACGAACCAAAUGGACCGCUUGACCCUGUGUUUGGUGUGCUGUUAAGUCCGGUUGCAGGUCGUACUGGUCCUGGUGAUAGCGGUAUAGUGCAUGAUCUUUUAUUUGACAAUGAUGGACCCCUUGCGUAUCAUUCAGCUGUUCAUGACGCAUUUGGUUACUUAGUAACAUACCAUAACAUUGGUCCUGGUUAUAAUUAUGUUGGAUCUCACUCAUUACUCAAACCCUCGCAAUGCAUGGCGGGUCAAAUGUCAGGCUUGCAUUUUUGGCGGGAAUUGUUAAAAUCUUCUUAGAGGUUUUUAAAUGAUAGCAAACACGAGGUCGAUUUGAAUUAAUUGUUAAAAUUCCUGGAAUGAGUAAGUUAAGGAGUUCAGCUAAUUGAGUUGUAGAAAUUCAACACCAGGCUUACAAACAUAAAGAUUCUUUCUCUGAAAGUUUUAUUUUAUCAUCUACUUUUAAUUAGAUUCCGCAGAUUCGGAGAAGAGACUCAAUUUAGCGUUACAGAUAAAGGGAUGACGAGAAGAAAUAUUUUAUUUGUCAGAGGAUAUUUUGUUGCAUUUUUUGAAGCCUCAACAAUUUUUAUUUGUUGACAAAUAAAUAAAUAAACCAUUUCGAACAUAUUUACAAACUCGUAUUUAUACAUGCGUCAAAAAGAAGAUGGAAACUGGUUUCAUUAUUAUCCAAUAAUCCUGAAACGGAUUUCCUUAAACAAAAUUACUUUUAAUAUAAAAAAGUUACCAUUC